AUGGAAAUCAGCCAGCUGUACAUAUACCCCAUUAAAUCCCUUCGGGAAGUAGCCGUUCCCGAGGCUGUCCUCACCAGUACCGGCUUUCAGUAUGACCGGCGUUUCAUGCUGCUCAAGAUCAACCAAGGCGAGGAUGGUAUCGAAACCCUCCAGAACAUGCAUGUACCGCAUUUCCCCGAAAUGAGUUUGUUUCUAACGGGCAUCGUAUUUCCAAUCGAGGGUGAGAACAAUGGAAAGAUCAUCGUGACAUAUCGCCCACCAGGCGUGACAGACAAUGGUAAUCUUCAGAUUAAAACUUUGGAGAUACCAUUAGAACCAGACGUACAGGGGUUGGAAGAAUUGACUGUUACAAUGCAUCAAAGCCCGACAAAGGGUUAUCAUAUGGGCAGCAAAUAUAACGACUGGUUUAGCCAGUGUUUCGGGUAUAAGGUGGUUCUUGUAUACUUGGGCCCACAUUGGAGGAGAGUCUUAGGGAGCUUCCCACCAGGGAAAAGUCAGGCACAUCGUGAACAGGUGACUCCACUUGUUUCUAAACGGUCGGUGACCGUUUUGGCUCUUCUGAGCUUGCUUCUGAAUAUUAGUGUGCCACUUGGGCAGAGAGACAUCACCUCAUUCAUUCUCUUUGUACUAGUGACUACAACUGUUGCUGUUCUCGUGGCUCUUGGUGCUAAUAGAUACGGAUCUGGAGGCGGUAAAACGAAGGAAGAAAGGAUCACAUUUGCCGAUACAGCACCAUACCUCAUGAUAUCAGAGACUUCGGUAGACAACGUGUCUUCCCGCUUGGCUGGUGAAAACGCGAUGGACCUGAGAAAAGCCCGGCCAAACAUUGUCAUUUCGGGUGCUAGAACGGCUUUCGAGGAGGAUUUCUGGGCGGAGCUGAUGGUGGGAGAAAAAAUCCGACUUCUGUUGACGGCGAAUUGCAUCCGAUGCCAGAGUCUCAACGUUGACUAUAUGACAGGGAAAAUGGGAACAGGAGACAGUGGCAACAUUCUUAAAAAGCUGAUGAAAGACCGAAGGGUAGACAAGGGCGCGAGAUUCUCCCCUGUGUUUGGAAGAUAUGUGUUUCUAGACCGGGACUGCGAGAAUGCCUCCAUCCGGGUCGGAGAAGAGGUGACUGUAUCUAGAAGGGUAGAGGAGCGGACAACAUAUGAUUGGCCUGGCCUGACGAAUUAA